AUGGCCAUAUUGUUCGCACUGCCAAAAUACUGCGGAUGCAUCGAGAAUAGUCUGGAAAACAGAGUUCCGCUUUUCCACCAUGUCACUGAAAAUGUUGAACGUAGGCCAGUGUUAACAAAGAGUCCGUCCUCCGAGUCAAAGCAGAGCACAAUUUCGGAGAGUCGUGCCUGCACCAUAGCUCAGGAGAUAGAGAUAGGAUCUUCCCUGAGAUCCUGGAAGAGCUCAGCAAUUUUCCCCAACCCACCUACCACUGUCCCAGCGCCAAGGCGGCCCAACCCUCCUCCCUACGACCCUUGCGUCCCAGCUGCUCAACCCUCUUCCCCCCGUCCCUGCGCCCCGGCACCCCAACCCUCCUACCCACCGUCCCUGCGCCCUGGCGGCCCAACCCUACUCCCCACCGUCCCCGUGCCCCCAGCAGCCCAACCCACCUCCUCACCCUCCCCGCGCCCUGGCAGCCCAACCCACCACCCCACCGUCCCCGCACCCCGGUGGCCCAAACCGCCCCCGGUUCCCGGCCGCCCAACCGACCUGCCCCACCGUCCCCGCUCACCGGCGACCCAACCCGCCUUCCCACCGUCCCAGCGCCCGAGUGGCCCAACCCUACCCCACCAUACCCGAGCCCCAGCAGCCCAACCCGCCUACCCACUGUCCCAGUUCCAAGACGGCCCAACCCUCACCACCGUCCCUGUGCCCCAGCGGUCCAACCCUACUCCCCACUGCCCCUGCGCCCCGGCGGCCCAACCCUCCUCCCCACCGUCCCCGUGCCCUGGCGGCCCAACCCUACUCCCCACCAUCCCCGCGCCCCGGUGGCCCAACCCUCCUCCCCACCGUCCCUGCACCCCGGCAGCUCAGCGCUACUCCCCCACUGUCCCUGCACCCCGGCGGCCCAACCCACCUCCCCACCAUCCCCACGCCACCCUGCAGCCUAACCCACGUCCCUACCGUCAUUGCGCCCCAGUGGCCCAACCCGCCUUCCCACUGUCCCCGUGCCCUGGCGGCCCAACCUUCAUCCCCACCGACCCUGCGCCCCAUCUGCCCAACCCUCCUCCCCACUGA